CCCCCCCCCUGUGUGCACCCUCCGCCGCCCGUCUCUUUCUUUCUCCCCCUCUUUCCCCCCCUCUCGGCCGGCAGGAUGUUCCCCGCCCCGGCAGCCGAGAUCUAUGGCUUUGUCCUUUACUUCGGGUCGUUCUUCGGCUUCCUUGUCUUCCUUUGCUGGGCCUUGCUCCCGGAGCCGGUGCUUCACUCGCUCGGCUUUACCUACUACCCGGACCACUGGUGGGCAGUGGCCCUGCCGGCACAUCUGACAAUGUCGAUCAUCUACAUCCUGGUCGUGUACUAUGGGUACAUUUUGCUGAAGUCCCCGUCGCUGGAUGAUCCUCGGACGAUUGUCGACUCGCACUCCCGCGUGGGCCUGCUUCGCCCGGCCAUCCCGCAGCAAUGCCCCCCCGUGUCGGCGGUCGAUCUCGCGCCGCACCCGGAGGCCGGGGGCUCCCUGGAACACGGGCAUGGGCCCCUCCCGGCGGCAGGUGCCAUGAUGACCGUGCCCACGGACCCGUAUGCCCCGUUGCCGGCCCUCAGCGACAUCCCCCUGUCGGCCACCAAUCGGGUACUUUUCUAUGGAGGCCGGCCGCCCGGGCCCCUUCCCCCCGUGUCAAGAGCCUGACCCCCCGUCCCGGGGCCACUGCAUGCGUUCCUCGCCCGACUGUGGGGGGCGCCAGGUGCAUGCCCAACACAAAGCCAGCUGCUCA